AAACUUCCAAUGGAAGGAAGAUGUCAUUCAAAAAUAACAAAAUCAAAAAUUACUAUUUAGAUAUAUAGUAAUGGCCCAAAACACUGUCCUGAUAUUUAUACCAGAUAGUCUGGACACUAGAUUAUGUGGUUAUUUAUCAGGAACGAAAAGAACAGUCAAAAAUGCUGAAGUUUUCUAUAUAACUAGUGAUAAGCCCUCAAAUAAGGCUUACGACCCUGUAGGGUACAUAGGACUUAUAAAAGAGUGUGAUAACUUAAAGAAAGAUGUUAGUUUAUUUAUAAAUAGUGCAAAUAAGCAAAUAUUCCUAAUGUGUGAGGAAAAAUAUCCAGUGACUCAAAUCAUUUAUGACUUUAAAAGAUUUAAAAACUCUGACAUCCUGUAUCACAACGCAGAAAACUACGGAGAGCAUUUUAAGAGUCUGAGUAUAGACUUACGGAAACAUGCUCACUCAAUAUCAGAAAAUGGAAGACAUUUUUUAACAAUCAUUUUAUUGAAAGUUAUUUUACUACUGAAUAUAUGUCUUAACUUUCUCUCAAGACUGAAUUUGAUAGUACAAAAGUCUUCAACUUUUACACAUUUCGAAGAGACCUUGAAGACUAUGAAAUGGUUUCUGAGCACAGCUGCAGACCAAAAAGUGGUAACUCCGAAAAUGGGGAAUGUUAUUAUUGCCAAAUCAAUAGAUAUUUUCAUAGGAGUUUUUCUUACGAGUUAUGUCAUGCAGUAUGAGGAUCAGAUAUUUUUGUUGGUCUACAACACCUUUGAGGGUAUUGUUUCUAGCCUGAAAGGCCUCCUACUGUACCUUAUGGGAUCCCCGAUAGGCCUCAAACUCAACUAUGGCUUUAACAACUUUUUAGGCCAGUUCUUUUUGUACCACAUUUCUUUAUGGAGGAUAUUUUUACAAGGAGCUUACCCCAUCUUUGUUAGUAACUUUAAAUACUUUAUGCUACCAGGAGCUUUGGGGUUUUCAUACCAGAUAGCCAUGAUUUCUGACGUUAUAGCCAUUGCUACUUUUCAUAGUUACUGCAUAUAUGUUAAUGCUGCUAGGAUCUUUAAUUUACAGUUAAAAUGUUUAUCAUCGUUAUGGAGGGUGGUGAUUGGAAGGAAAUUCAAUCCUUUGCGUAAUAGAGUUGAUUCAUGUCAAUAUUCUCACAAUCAGUUGUUUAUUGGAACAUUAUCUUUUACAAUUUUAUUGUUUUUGCUGCCCACUACUGCUAUGUACUAUGUAGUAUUUUCCAUAUUUCGCCUUGUUACAUUAUUUAUAGAUCGAUUAUUGUUGGGAAUCAGAAAUGCACUUUAUAAUAUACCUGUAUAUUCCAUAUUUUUAUGGAUACUAAAUACUUCAUCUGUCGCAGGCAACAUCCAUAUUACCUGGAAAAGUUAUGACGAAGAAGGAAACGUAACGAUAGAAGCAAAAUUAGAAAAACUACCUUUCAUAACGAGUAUUGUAAAAUUUGCACCUGAUUCUGUUAGUACUAUGACGAACCAAAGAACCUUGAGAGACAUUUUUCACGGUACAAUAACCGGAACAGUAUUAUAGUAAUAAAUACAGAAUUGGGGAUAUUUGUAAUUCUAAUGAAACUUAUAAGCAAAGUACCUGCAGUUUUAGGUAGACAGGAUACAAAGCAGAAAGAACUGAAAUUUUGUAA